GGCCGCCGGUGGGGGGGGCCGGCUAACGCACAGACCGAGCAUUUUGCCAGUAGCUGCGCCUCCCUCCACCCCCCAUCGAGUAGUAGUAGUGGCUAUGGCCAACACUCUCGAGCGUGAGUGGGUUGUGUGUAUGAUUGGUUUUGGUUCCUGUGAUGGCGUUUGUUGCAUGGGAGGCCAGUUGUUUGCGUGUGAAGUACAGUCGCCACAGAGUUUAGGGUUACGUGGAGAGAGAGGGGAGUGAGGGGACAAGACAAGGUGGAAGAGGAGGGAGAGAGCGGGAGAGAGCUCGCAAGAGUGGAACUAAUUAGUAAUUGGCGGUGGCUUGUUGGUAGAAGUUGACAAUGGGCAUCGUGAUAAGGUGUUUUAGGCUGCAAUAGGAAGAACGAAGGGACGUUGGAAACGGAGGGGAGAGGGCGAGGGGAUUCGUCGUGGUAACACAGUAGUGUUCAUCGUUGUCGUAGGGUUCCGGUUAAUGUGAAGGAAAACACGGCCGGGCGCGGGGUUGGGAGGUGUUAGAGAAUUCGGUUUCGUGUCAGCGGCGCAGUUGUAGUGCGAGGUUCGAGUAAGUGCCGAAACCUGUCAGAGAGGGGGUCGGAAUAUUGACAGCCGCGCUACGUGAGUUAAGUGGAGGAGGAGGAGUAGGAGAAGGAGAGGAGUAGAGAGAGAUGUUGUCUUGGCAGUGACAUAUCCUGUGACAUAUCCUGUGACAUAUCCUGUUCUAGGGCGAGUCUGGUUUGUGGCCGAUUCUCGCCGACUUGUAUACAGAUUUCGGUAGGGUAAGGGAAGAGGAAGAGGUACAGUGGAAGGGAAGGCGGGAGGGCGGGUGGGACUGAUUGAAGGGUGGUGGUAGCCGAGGAGGAGAGAAAUCCGCGAAGAUGGCGUCCGCUAGUGCUCCUAUUACGAUGAAGGAGGCGUUGUCCCUGACCUCCCUGGGGGUAGCGCAGCAGUUCGUCACCUUCACUCACGUUACAAUGGAGUCGGAGAAGUUCAUUUGUGUGAGGGAGACGGCGCCGCAGAACAGUGUUGUUAUCAUCGAUAUGAGUCAGCCUGCACAGCCGCUCAGAAGACCCAUUACGGCCGAUUCGGCGCUUAUGAAUCCGGCGAGCAAGAUUCUCGCUCUGAAAGCGCAAGUACAAGGCGCCAGCCAAGACGCUCUGCAGAUAUUUAACAUCGAGGCGAAGCUGAAGAUGAAGUCGUACCAGAUGCCGGAGCAGGUGGUGUUUUGGAAGUGGGUGACGCCUAAGAUGCUGGGGUUGGUGACGGCCUCCGCCGUCUUUCAUUGGUCCAUCGAGGACACGACGUCGGAGCCGGUCAAGGUGUUCGAGAGGCACGCGAGUUUGAAUGGCAAUCAGAUCAUCAACUACCGAAUCGACCCAACGGAGAAGUGGUGCGUGCUCAUCGGGAUUGCUCCGGGCUCACCGGAACGUCCGCAGCUGGUGAAGGGGAACUUGCAGCUGUACUCCGUGGAUCAGCAGAGGAGUCAACCCUUGCAAGCCCAUGCGGCGGUUUUCGCGCCCUUCAAGUCGCCGGCGAGCGAGGUGCCUUCGGUGCUCAUAGCCUUCGCGACGAAGACGAUCGACGGCGGGCAGCUGACAUCGAAACUUCACGUCAUCGAGUUGGGAGCCCAGCCUGGCAAAGGAACCUUCCAGAAGAAGCAAGCAGACUUGUUCUUCCCGCCAGAUUUUGCGGACGACUUUCCCGUUGCAAUGCAGGUGUCCCAGAAGUACAGUCUGAUCUAUGUCGUGACGAAACUAGGUCUCCUCUUCGUCUACGACUUGGAGACGGCCACGGCCGUGUACAGGAAUCGAAUCAGUCCGGAUCCCAUCUUCCUCACCACCGAUGCGCCGCAGGUCGGCGGGUUCUAUGCUGUCAAUCGGCGGGGUCAGGUGUUGUUGGCCACUGUGAAUGAACAGACCAUCAUCCCAUUCGUUAGCUCGCAGCUGCAGAACCUGGAGUUGGCAGUGAACCUGGCGAAGCGCGGCAAUCUUCCCGGUGCAGAGAAUCUGGUCGUUCAGCGAUUCCAAGAGCUGUUCGCUCAGAUGAAGUACAAGGAGGCGGCGGAGCUGGCGGCGGAAUCGCCGCAGGGCUUGUUGCGAACGCCGGAUACCAUAGGAAAGUUCCAGAGCGUUCCGGUGCAACCCGGACAGACCUCUCCUCUCCUGCAGUACUUCGGUUCGCUGCUGACGAAGGGCUCGCUCAACGCCUUCGAGUCCUUGGAGCUGUCCCGGCUCGUCGUUAAUCAGAACAAGAAGAAUCUGCUGGAGAAUUGGCUCGCGGAGGACAAACUCGAGUGCAGCGAGGAGCUCGGCGAUCUCGUGAAGACCGUGGAUUCGGAUAUGGCGCUGAAGAUUUACAUCAAGGCGAAGGCGACUCCGAAGGUGGUCGCGGCUCUUGCGGAGCGCAAGGAGUUCGACAAGAUCCUCAUCUACUCCCAGCAAGUCGGGUACACGCCGGACUACCUGUUCCUUCUGCAGUCGAUAAUGAGGGCAGACCCCGCGGGCGCAGUCGACUUUGCCUCGAGGAUGGCGCAGAUGGAGGGCGGCAGCCCGGUGGACGUGAACACUGUUGCGGAACUCUUCUUCCAGCGCAACAUGAUUCGCGAGGCCACGGCUUACCUUCUCGAUGUUCUGAAACCCAAUCUUCCGGAGCAUGCCAUGCUGCAGACCAAGGUCUUGGAAAUCAACCUGGUCACCUACCCCAAUGUUGCAGAUGCGAUUCUAGGGAAUGCAAUCUUCUCGCACUACGACAGGUCGCGAAUCGCGCAGCUGUGCGAGAAGGCGGGACUUUACAUGCGAGCGCUUCAGCACUACACGGACCUUCCCGACAUCAAGCGCGUUGCGAUAAACACGCACGCGAUCGAGCCGCAGUCGCUGGUGGAGUUCUUCGGGACGCUGUCGCGUGAGUGGGCGCUUGACUGUAUGAAGGAGCUGUUGCUGAUCAAUCUUAGGGGCAACUUGCAAAUCGUCGUCCAGGUGGCGAAGGAGUACUCGGAUCAGCUUGGAGCCGAUGACUGCAUCAAGUUGUUCGAGAGUUUCAAGUCGUUCGAGGGGCUGUUCUUCUUCCUGCAGACGUACAUUGCACAGACCGAAGACCCGGACGUGCACUUCAAGUACAUCGAGGCGGCUGCGAGGACGAAUCAGCUGAAGGAGGUGGAGCGGGUCACCAGAGAGUCCAACUUCUACGACCCGGAGAAGACGAAGAACUUUCUGAUGGAGUCGAAGCUGAGCGACGCGCGCCCUCUCAUCAACGUGUGCGACCGUUUCAACUUUGUCCCCGACCUCACUCACUACCUCUACGCCAACAAUAUGCUGCGGUACAUCGAGGGCUACGUGCAAAAGGUGAACCCCGCGAACGCGCAUCUCGUCGUGGGUCAGCUCAUCGACGACGAUUGUCCGGAGGAGUUCAUCAAAAACCUAAUUCUGUCUGUUCGCAGCCUACUGCCCGUGGAGACGUUGGUGGAAGAGUGCGAGAAGCGGAACAAGCUGAGGCUGCUGACGCAGUUCCUGGAGCAUCUUGUGAGCGAGGGGAGCACGGAUGUUCACGUGCACAACGCCUUGGGGAAGAUCAUCAUCGACACUAACAACAACCCGGAGCAUUUCCUGACCACGAAUCCGUACUACGACUCCCGAGUUGUCGGCAAGUACUGCGAGAAGCGCGACCCUACGUUGGCGUGUAUUGCGUACAAAAGGGGGCAAUGCGAUGACGAGCUCGUCAAUGUCACAAACAAGAACUCGCUCUUCAAGUUGCAGGCCAGAUACGUCGUGGAAAGGCAAGACGACGUGCUCUGGGGGAAGGUCCUUACGCCCGAUAAUCAGUUCCGGCGGCAGCUCAUUGAUCAGGUGGUGUCGACCGCGCUGCCGGAGAGCAAGAACCCGGAGCAAGUGUCGGUGGCGGUAAUGGCUUUCAUGAACGCGGAUCUGCCGCACGAGCUCAUCGAGCUGCUGGAGAAGAUUGUGCUCCAAAACUCCGCCUUCAGCGGGAACCCUAAUCUGCAGAACUUGCUCAUUCUGACGGCCAUCAAGGCGGACAAGACGCGAGUCAUGGACUACGUCAACCGGCUCGAGAACUUCGACGGGCCGGCAGUCGGAGAGAUUGCCGUGGGCGCGGAGCUAUACGAGGAAGCGUUCGCUAUUUUUAAGAAGUUCAACCUGAACGUGCAGGCCGUCAACGUGUUGCUUGACAACAUGAAGAGCAUCGAGAGAGCGGUGGAGUUCGCGACGCGUGUGGACGAAGACGAAGUGUGGAGCCAGGUGGCAAAAGCGCAACUGAAGGAGGGUCUUGUGUCGGACGCCAUCGAAUCGUUUAUAAGGGCAAGUGAUGCGACGCAGUUCGCGAAUGUGAUUCGGGCGGCAGAGCAGGCAGAGGUGUUUGAAGACCUUGUCAAGUACUUGCUGAUGGUCAGGAAGAAGGUGAAAGAGUCGAAGGUGGACACCGAGCUCAUCUAUGCCUACGCGAAGAUCGACCAUCUGGGCGAGAUCGAGGAGCUCAUUUCGCUGCCCCACGUUGCGAACAUCCAGUCGGUUGGCGACCGCUGCUUCGACGAAGCUCUCUAUGAGGCGGCGAAGAUCCUCUUCACGCACAUCUCCAACUGGCAGAGGCUGGCAGUAACGCUCAUCAAGCUUCAGCAGUUUCAGGGAGCGGUGGACGCCGCGAGGAAAGCGAACAGCACUCGCACAUGGAAGGAAGUGUGUUUUGCGUGCGUGGAUGCAGAGGAGUUCCGCCUUGCGCAGCUCUGCGGCCUCAACAUCAUUGUGCAAGUGGACGAUCUGGAGGAGGUGAGUGAUUACUACCAGAAUAAGGGGAGGUUCGAUGAGCUCAUCAACCUAAUGGAAAGUGGCUUGGGAUUGGAGCGCGCCCACAUGGGUAUCUUCACGGAACUGGGCACUCUGUACGCGCGGUACAGGCCGGAGAAAUUGAUGGAGCAUUUGAAGCUCUUCUCCACGAGAAUCAACAUACCCAAGCUCAUCCGCGUCUGCGAAGAACAGCAGCACUGGAAAGAGCUCACCUUCCUGUAUAUUCAGUACGACGAAUACGAUAACGCAGCGACUGUCAUUAUCAAUCACUCGCCGGAGGCCUGGGAGCACAUGCAGUUCAAGGACGUUGCGGUGAAGGUUGCGAAUGUGGAGCUCUAUUAUCGGAGCAUUCAGUUCUACUUCCACGAGCACCCGGACUUGUUGAACGACCUCCUCAAUGUGCUCGCUACACGGGUUGACCAUAGCCGUGUUGUCGACCUCAUGAAGAAGAAUGGGCAGUUGGCCUUGGUGAAGCCUUACCUUGUUGCAGUGCAGAGCAACAAUGUUGCGGCCGUCAAUGACGCUCUCAACGACCUGUACAUAGAGGAAGAGGACUACGAUCGCCUGCGCGAGUCCAUUGACAUGUACGACAACUUCGACCAGAUUGGCCUUGCCCAGAGGGUUGAGCGGCAUGAGCUUCUUGAGUUCAGACGUAUAGCAAGCUACAUAUACAAGAAGAACCAGAGGUGGAGGCAGUCUGUGGCGUUGUCCAAGAAGGAUAAGCUCUACAAGGAUGCGAUGGAGACCUGCGCUGUGUCGGGAGACAGAGAGCUAGCAGAGGAGCUUCUUGGGUUCUUUGUCGAACAGGACAAGAAGGAGUGUUUUGCCGCUUGCUUGUACACAUGCUACGAUCUCAUUCGCGUGGAUGUGGCGUUGGAGCUCGCCUGGAUGAACAAUAUGGUGGACUACUGCAUGCCCUACUUGUUGCAGUUCAUGAGAGAGUACACUGGGAAGGUGGACGAGUUGGUGAAGGACAAAGAAGAGCUUCUGAAGCAGAGGAGGGAGAUGGCUCAGGAAGAGAAGGAGGCUGUUGCAAAGCAGAAUAUGUAUGCGUCUCUGAUCCCGCUGGCGCUGCCCGCACCCCCCGGCUAUGAUCCCGGCUAUGAUCCGGGCUAUGGUGGGGUUCCCCCCGUGGGUGGAAUGGGAAUGCCCGCCUACGGUAUGCCCCCCAUGACAGGUUACUAGUUGAAACGUGGACGUUGUCUUGAUUGUCUUUAGGUGCCCUUCCCCCCGGCCCCACAAAGCUGUUCCGCAUCUUUCGCAUCUUGCAUUGGAGUGCAGUGAUGCAGGAGGACGACAGAGGUGGACAGCCUGAUUCAUCAUGAUGGUCCGAGUGCGGAUUUUGUUCUGGGAUGUUCAACGCGUUUGGGAGGUAUAAAUAUUGCCUGGAAGACGACGUGCCAUCUCUCUGAUUAUUGUGGUUUGGCAGAUGCAUGUUGUGUAGGUCGUUUUGCAGUCGCUGCAGUUGGAACCUGUGGUCCGUCCAAACGGAGUGGUGGUGUGUUGUGGAAAGGAGCUUUGCUGGGUUCUGAGCCCGGACCCUAUUCUUAUUAGGUAGUACUGGUUGGUGAAUAAGAGUUGUAAACUCAUAAUCUCUCCCUUUUAAGCCUUAACCCCUCCCCCGCCCCCCAAUAGCUGGGCUAGGUACAAAUAUAGUUCCUAUAAAUAUAGCUCCUAUAAACUCUUUCAACCUCUACAAGCCUAGAUUUCUCCCGGUUGAGCUGAAGGAAGCUGUUCCCAAUAUGGUAACUAGACACCUACCCUUUCUGGAAAGGAGUCAGGUUGCAGCACCCAGGCCAACGCCUGGAUUUCCCUCCUAUGCCUGGUAUUGCUCUCCCUGACUGCAUCGUGAUGCUGUCCGGCCGGUGAUGCUACGUGCCACAUGCUGCUGCUGCUGCUGCUGCUGUUCUGCCUAUCCCUAGUGAGGAAGAGGGAGCUGAAGACAGGUGGAGAGUGGUGUAGCCAGAGGAAGAGAAGGGUGGAAUGGGGGUAGAGGGGGAGGGGGUGGUUGUGAACCGUGUUGGGGAUCCGUCCUGUGUAGCUGAUAAUCUAUUGCCAGCUGUUCAUUCUCUGACUGCUGAGCAUCACGUUUCAAUGAGGAAAGAACAAGGGAGUGGGUGUCCGCGGUAGUGGACCUGAGGAGUGAACAAGUGAUUUUAUCUGUGUUUAUAAUCCAUUUUGUUGUC